AGAAUAGAAAACAAAAAGAAGUAUGAAAUGAAAUGAAAUAACAGAAAAAUACAAAAGAACGAAAAAAAAAAACAAAUACUAAUAAAAUAAUUUGAAUUCGUGUGUUUGACAACAAGAAAUAAAAAAGGACAAAGCCAAGGAAAAGUGAACAAACAAAAUAUAAAAGAUUCAACUACAGUGGCAGAGAUAUCGUUUCAGUCAAGAACAACAACAACAGUAAUAAUAAUAACAACAUAUAAUUUGUAACAAUAACAAACACAUUUAUCAUCCGUAAAAACAACAAGAACUACAGCAAAAUAUGUAACCAAACUGGAGAUUUGAAACAACAACAAGAAGGAUAACAACAUCCAUACGUCCUUGCAUUCCAGGCAGGCAGGCAGGCGGGUGUAUAUAUGUGCCGACACCAUAAGCCAGCCAGUGUUGGUGAUAAAGUGUUCUGGUGUUGUGGCAAUUGUUUUUCCAUGCGGCCAAACAGAUAUUCUCCGGCUGUCUUUUGUGUGUUAAUGAAAAUCUCUUCAACAAAACAACAACAACAAGAACAACAAUAGAAACAACCAACAAAAAUAGAAUAUGAUAAUAAAACAAAACCAAUAAACUGCUGCCCAAGUGUGGAGACAUUCAAAUAAGUGUAUCCUUGAACUUGCUGGCAUUUGUAAACAGACGCCUGGCCGAACGUACUCACAUGUGUGUGAAUAUUGUGCCAGCAUUUCCGUUUUGAGCGUGUGUGUGUAUAUUUUUUUGGAAACAUUCAACUUAGUUCCUACAACUGCUUGUGUUUGUCUUCUUCAGUGCUCUGCAUUUUCUAAUAAAGUUGGAAUUUAUGAAUUUUCAUUUUCAUCUGCAUUUGAAUUCAAAUCCGAAAUGUUUCUUGGCUCCGGUUCCUAGAUUUUCACGUGUCUUGCAAUCAAUGGAUUUGCCAGCCAAUGCAGAGCCAACUAAAAUAUAUUCGAUUGGACUUUCAAAAAUGGAUUUCACUGACUACACAAUCAAUAAUAACCUCCAUUAGAAUCUAAAACAGAAAAUUUACAAAAAUCACCGGCUCAAAACAACAACAACGACCUAAAAAGUCGAGAGAGAAAGCGCCCGAAAUUCUAUUCAAACAUAAAUGACAAAUGAUAAUGAAUAAUGCAAUCGGUAACAUUGGAAACGUUACAACAACACACUACAACAGCAUCGCCAGUGCCGUCAACAGCUCUGUACCCUACUGGGAAUAUGCCGCCCUGUUACAACCCCUGGCCGCUUCCAUACCGAGAGCCUUCAGCAGCAUGGAGUCGACUCACAAUGCCGGCCAAAAGUCGGAAUCAUCAUCGACCCACUACCAGCAACAACAACACAUGUCCGCACAAUACUACCCCUCAUCCGUCGGAGAGGCAGCAUUACCCGAUACACCCGCCUUCACACGAAACGACAAUCACCACAACUCCUCCGCCAGUGCACCAGCUACACCAUCGCCUACAUUCUUCUCUAGCUACAACAUUUCCGAUGACCUGUACUACUAUUUCAAUGGCUUUGUCGAGCACGGCGACACCAUUUCCACAUCCAUAUCAAGCACCGCCCCGACCAUCAUCAAUCCGGCGGAAGCGUUUGCCACAACACCUGCGGAUCCCUUCAACAGCACCAGCAUACCUCAGGAGCCGGACUUGUCGGAGUUCCUCACCUCGUUGUCCAAUGAUCGGGUCAGCCUGCUGUCGUUUUUGUUCCUCUUCUCGUUUGCCACCGUUUUCGGCAAUUCUCUGGUCAUCCUGGCCGUCAUAAGAGAGCGUUACCUGCAUACGGCCACCAACUACUUCAUCACCAGCUUGGCGGUGGCUGAUUGUUUGGUGGGCUUGGUUGUGAUGCCUUUCUCGGCACUGUACGAGGUGCUGGAGAACACGUGGUUCUUCGGCACCGACUGGUGUGAUAUCUGGAGAUCACUGGAUGUGCUCUUCAGCACGGCUUCCAUACUCAAUCUAUGUGUCAUAUCACUGGACCGUUACUGGGCCAUAACAGAUCCGUUCUCAUAUCCCAUGCGCAUGACUGUGAAGCGGGCCGCACUGUUGAUUUGUGCGGUCUGGGUAUGUUCCAGCGCCAUCAGCUUUCCGGCCAUACUGUGGUGGCGGGCAGCCCGUGAUGGUGAGAUGCCGGCCUACAAGUGUACCUUCACGGAACAUCUGGGCUACUUGGUGUUUUCGUCGACCAUUUCAUUUUACCUGCCGCUCCUCGUGAUGGUAUUCACCUAUUGCCGCAUUUAUCGAGCGGCAGUGAUACAGACGCGUUCACUGAAGAUCGGCACCAAACAGGUGCUCAUGGCCUCCGGUGAACUGCAGUUGACGUUGCGCAUCCAUCGCGGCGGUACCACACGAGAACCCUCCACCAGCUCUCACCAUCAGGCGCUGCACGGUUCACUGGGCGGUGGUCCCAGUGGUGGCUCUCAGCAUCAUCCGCAUGUCCAUCAUCAUCAUCGGACGUCGCAUCACAAUCACAGUAAUGCGGGCACCACCACAUCUACGCCGGAAGAGCCAGAUGAUGAGCCGCUAUCGGCGCUGCACAACAAUGGCCUGGCACGACAUCGUCACAUGGGCGGUAAGAACUUUUCGUGGUCAAGGAAAUUGGCCAAAUUCGCCAAGGAGAAGAAGGCGGCUAAGACGCUGGGCAUUGUAAUGGGUGUCUUCAUCGUUUGUUGGCUGCCAUUUUUCGUUGUGAAUCUGUUGUCGGGUUUUUGCAUGGAAUGCAUAGAGCAUGAGGAGACCGUUUCGGCGGUGGUAACAUGGCUGGGUUGGUUCAACUCUGGGAUGAAUCCUGUGAUUUACGCGUGUUGGAGCAGAGAUUUUCGGAGGUGA